CAGAGCACAAAUCUACUCAGUCUGUGGUUCCCAUCAUUGAUUGCAAGACUGUUGCAGUUUUUCCCCAUCUACUAAUUACUAAGUUUUGAAGACCUCAGAUGGUCUUAACUCAGCAGUCUGGAACCAAGAAACAAAACAUGCACAAGAUUCUGACAAUAGGAUUCUCAGUUCUCCUCUUUCUGGAUGCUGCUGCCUCUUAUUUAUGCAUUUAUUGUCAUGAUGUUCAAGAGGAUAACACUUGUACUCAUCCGGAACAAACUUGCCAAGCAGGAUUGUGGAGAUAUUGCUUCAGUCAAAAAGUUAUACGUGGUGGGAUCACAAUGGUGACCCGAGGCUGCAGUUCCACUUGUCGUAGCAUUAAGUCCAAUACCCAAGAAGAACAGAUGUUGUGCUGUGAGAAAAACCUAUGCAACAAACAUGAUCUCUGGAGAAAAUACAAAAAAGGUUAAAAGUCUUUCGCAGUCUACUGGAUUCCCCCCACUCCUAGCCUUUGAUCGGAUAUCUGAACAACCCGUAUCAGGAAACACCCAACAUUCUACCAGUUCUGCUCUAACCAGCUAUAUCAUCAUAGUGAUUAGUGAGAUUUUGAUAGAUGAUCCGCUCUACAGUGCUAUUGAUUACACCAAUGUUGCACUACCAUUGAUUGUUUAGUGAAAGGGAUCCUCCCUAAAGGUAGUCUAUGUAUCUUCACAAUUUUUUUUUUAAAAUAAACUUUCUAUACAGCUGAA